UGGCAGAGAAAGAGAAAGGAAGAAAUUACUUAAUUAUUAUUUUUAUUCAUUAAACUGUAUAGAUGGAAAUAAUUAAUUGGAUCUGAAAACAACAUAAAUAAUACACUGAUCGACAUGAUCUAUAUAUAAAUAAGAUAAUUGUCUAAGAAGUGUAUUCAAUAUGUUCAAUGAAUGUACAUUAAGGAAUUACUACGUACAAGUUCUGUUUUGUGUCAGCUGAUGAUGUAAACACCGGAUUUAACGCGUAAUGACUUCGGGAGGGGGACUUAGUGACCCCUCAACAGGAGGAAGUUCUACUCUUAGGCCUUACAUAAAAAGGAAGAAGUCAUCGUUUGGAGAUACUAAAAUCGCCGUCCUAGGACAACAUGGUGUUGGAAAGAGUGCACUAUCUGUAAGAUUUUUGACGAAGCGAUUUAUCGGGGAGUAUGAUCAAACAAUAGAAUCAAAAUACAAAUACAGUGCUGUAAUAGACGGUGAAACAGUGACGAUAGAAGUCUUAGAUACUAUCAGUGAUAAGGAUGAUUGUGGUGGACGAGAUGAUGUUUUAAAAUGGGCGGAUGGUUAUAUGCUGGUCUACACUGUUGUUAGCCGGAAGUCAUUUGAUUCGUUAUAUGAAUUAAAAAAGAAGAUAGACGACAUAAAGAAGGGAUCUACAGUUCCAAUAAUUGUCGUAGGAAAUAAAUGUGAUUUAGCUCAUAUGCGUCAAGUCACACGAGAAGAAGGACAACAAAUGGCGGGAGAAUUUGGAUGUUCUCUUGUUGAAACGUCCGCUUCAGAAGAUUUAAAGGAUGUUACUGAUGCAUUUUUCCAGUUAUGUAGGGAGGUUAUAGACUUUAAACGAAAAUCCAGAUCUUUUUUCGACCGAGUGAUAGGAGCAUUUGGAUUGGAAAAAUCGUGAUGGUGACAAAGAUGUUAAUUUUAUGGAAAGGUACAUAUCAACGGAAUAGGUCUUUAUUUAUAUGAUAGCAUAUCAUGUUUGA